UUCAGGCACCAUGUUUUAUCUGCCUAGUCUCCUUCAAAUCAAAACAGAAAAGGCUACUUGGCUGACGUUGAUAAAAAUUGUUAAUAAGAAGAACGUUUUUGAGAUAUUUGUAUUUGUGUUUGGUUAUGAAACCAAAGUGAAACAGAGUCGCGAUCUGAGCGACACUUAUGAAAACUUUACACAUACGUCAGCAAAUGGAUCAGCCACAGAAAAGUGCUCCUCACGUCUCAAAGUUAUUUGUCUGCACGGCCGUUGACUGUAAAGAUGAAAUUGAAGAGAAAUUUGAGCGGUCGUUCAUCAAUCUGCAGUUGCAAAUUGGUGGACUUAGUGAUAAGGAAAUGCAUGACAUAUUGUCGCAAAUCGUGUGCAAAGACAAACAGCACGAAGAGAUUUCAAUUGGAUUUCUCUACAUCAUGCUUACCGAUCCUGUUAUGGCUCCAAAAACAUAUCGGGACGUAACUUUAGUUUCUAGAGACGGGAUGAAUGUGAUUGUUGCAAACCUUACUUUGCUAGUCGCUGAGAAAUAUACGAAGCUCACGGAGAUAGCGCGAAGACAAUUAAUUUGGGUGUUACGGGAAUUCGUUAAGCACCAGGUACUCAGUGUCGAAAACGUUAUCUGGAACUGUCUUCGUCAGGCUGGAGGAGGAGAUGCGUCCCACAGAAACCUUUUUCUAAUUGAGAGCCUUCUGGAUAUAUUUAUUGAAUACAGAACGUGGUUGGAGGGCAAUCCAUUCCUCGUACAGUCCACAGUUUACAGUUAUGUGCGUCUUAUAGAGGACCACGCCAACCCUGCUCUGAUGCCUCUACGUCAAAAAGAAGUCAAGUUUACAAUAUCGUUGAUCCGGGAAAGGUUCCAUGAUGUUAUACCACUAGGAAGGGAUUUUGUACGCCUCCUACAAAACGUAGCCCGCAUUCCGGAAUUCGAACAACUUUGGCGUGAUAUUCUUUUUAAUCCAAAAUGUUUACACCCAACAUUCAACGGAAUUUGGCACUUACUACAAGUCCGAACAAGUCGUCGGUUUCUGCAAUGUCGUCUUCUACCAGAUAUGGAACGAAAAAUAAGUUUUUUGGCAUCGUCUGUAAAAUUUGGCAAUCAAAAAAAAUACCAAGAUUGGUUUCAAGACAAAUAUUUCGCAACACCUGAGUCUCACAGCUUACGCUCAGAUCUUAUUCGUUUUAUAAUAAAUGUAAUUCAUCCGACUAACGAUAUGCUGUGCUCGGAUAUUAUACCGCGAUGGGCAAUUAUAGGCUGGUUAAUCUCAUCGUGCACAAAUCCAAUUGCUUCGGCCAAUGCAAAGCUGUCAUUGUUUUAUGAUUGGUUAUUUUUCGAUCCCUCUAAAGAUAAUAUUAUGAACAUUGAGCCUGGGAUUCUAGUUAUGUACCACUCUAUAAGAAAUCAUCCUUUUGUCAGUAGUACGCUUUUGGAUUUCCUAUGCCGAAUUACAAAAAAUUUUUAUGUAAACCAUGAAGAUAAAAUCCGAAUGGGCGUUUACAAUUCAUUAAAACUAAUUCUGGACAAGCAGGUGAUACCAAACAUACAACCGCUUUUUGAGUCACCAAAGCUUGACAGAGAACUUCGUAAUUUAAUACGAGAAAACUUUAGAGAGUUUUUAUCUCCAGGUGCUAGUCUUAAUCAACCAAUGUACCCUUUAUUGCAUCCAAAUCAGACUCACAUUUUAAAAAAAGAGGUAGAUCAGAGAAUUUUACAUGAAGAAAACGUUGAUUUACUUGAAACUGGACUUAUCAAUAAUGCUGAAACAGCCUUAUUAUUGGUAGAUGAGGACAAAAAGUUAGCACUUGUGCCAACGGAUCUAGACGUUGAAGAUGUUUUUAACAUCGAGAAUGCUGAAAGUUUCGGAAAACUUAAUAAAAUCGAGGAGAAUACUGAUGACGAUGACGACUUGCCUCUUUCAAAGGUCAGAUUAAAAGAAAAGCCAAAGGUUGAACUAGCGGAAGCAAUAGCUGAUUCAUUUGAAACAUUUAUUACAAAGCGGAAUUCAUACACUUGGGAGGCAUUUUUAAAAGAUUUUCGGUCUUUGCCAGCCUCUGCCGUUGAAGAGUUUCAGCUUAAUUAUGUGAUAUCAAAUACUGUUUUAAUACUGCGUGAGACAUUACCACAGCAGAAUAUAUUUUCGGAAAGCAAGACCGAAGAAAAACUUUUAGCCAAGAGUAUUAGUUAUCCCUUGUAUGGCUUGUUUCGUUAUCUUUAUGAAAACGAUGAAAAAAACAAAAAGCCGUUUCAAACUUUAUUGUCCGAAAUAUGUGAUCGCAUCCCUGAAAUUGGAUACUUGUUUCUGUAUUUUAUGAAAAUAUAUUAUAAGCUUCAAGCGCGCAAAAAUUCCCAGCAGUCAUAUCAGUUUAAAACAAGUAUUUAUCGACAAAUUUGCGAUGCGAUAAAUGAUAAGAUCGGCAAUUGCCUGGUCCGAGACCUCGAUCUGCUUGAAAAAAAAAACACUAUCAUAUACUUGUGGCUUCUUCCUGACAUAUAUAGAGAGUUUAAGUCGAUAGCCGUUAAUAAUACUGAUAUUUUGCGAAUAACGCUGCGCUGCAUAGAUGCAAAAAAUGUGCGUGACAUAAUAUACUCAGUCGCACAAGGGAAACUUACAAUAUUUAAACAGGAUGGACUCAUUGAUUGUAUUAGAGAAAGUCUUGAGUUUGAGACUUAUGAACAAUUUUGCCUAUGGCAAAUUGUUCAAGCUCACGAUGUAUCCCUCAAGAGUAUUCAGGACCUCUUGCCAGAAUUGGAAGCUGGAAGUCACUCGGAAGCAUUAAGCCACUUUCUGUUAUUGUUGAAGAACGAAGAACCAACGAAUGAAAUAAUUCGAUUAAUGCUCAGCAGGGAAGCAAAGACGAGGGGCGAUCCUUUCGUGACCUCAGCUUUAAGGUUCUGGUGCCAACGGUAUGAAGAAAAGCUGUCUGAAAUUAUUGCAUCACUACUUACAUCAAAAUAUCCGAGUUCAUCUCCCAACAAAAGAAAACGACCAUCAAAGGGGAAUUUCGUCGCGAGUAGUACUCCUUCUGCUGAUCAAGUAUUAUACCAUCUAGAGCAUUAUAGAAGAAGUUGCAGGCAUGGUACAGGUACUGGCCUUUACGUUCAUGAUAUGAUGCAGCGGGCACUGCAAUCCGCGCACUCUCACAGUAAUGAGGUCACAAAGAAACAAUUUAGCGAUCUGUUUGCACUGGCAGCGGAAGACGAUACAACAGCAGUUGGGCGACGCGGUGGAAGUGGCCGUGGGCGUAAGCAGCCUGUUGGAAAAAAGGAUGCCAACAAUCAUAGCACCACCAAUAAGAAGAAUUCUGAAAUGAUGAAAACAAUAUAUUCUUCAGAUGAAAACUUUAGUGAGGAGGAUUGGUCGAAACCUAAAAUGGCACAAGUGGCAAAGAAAAGAAAAAAAGCUAUUAAUGAUUCUGACUGACAGUUUGACUUUCAAUUGCUGUGCCCUAGUUAAUGUGACGCAGAAAAACAUUUAAAAUCCUCUUAUCGAAUAAAUUAAUAAUAUUAAUUUGAUUAGAUUAACUCGAUUAAGGAUUUUAAAAUUAAUACGAAUGUAAACUUUAAGCAAAUUAAAAAACGUUUUAAUGUAAAACUUGCAA